AUGGCACAAUUUGAAGAAGUCGCGGGAACCUGUUCGAAUAAAGAUGAUAUAAAUGAAGCAUGUUGUACUGUUCGAAGUGUUACAAUUGGAUUAAUUUAUGUCAUUGGAAUGUCUUUUCUUCAUCAAUGGGGAAAUUUUCAAAAAAUGGCUCCAUUUAUUUCAUCUGUUUUAGUUAUUGUUACUGCAUAUCCAUUUGGUUAUUUAUGGUCAAAAUUGAUUCCAAAAUCGAAACCAUUUACAUUAAAAGAACAUGGAUUUAUUUUAGUAAUGGCAAAUGUUGCAUAUAUGUUUAAUUCCGUCUUUAUUUAUGCAACAUUAACAACAAUUAAAGUUUUAGAAAGAGAUCAAAUUAAUUUUGCAUAUUAUUUCUUUUUUAUGCUUUCAAUUCAAUUUCUUGGUUUUGGUUUAGCAGGUAUUCUUCGUCGAUUUUUGGUUUGGCCAUCGGAAGUUAUUUGGCCUCAAAAUCUUCCAUUAAUUGCUGUUUUACGUACAUUUCAUGAUCGUCAAUCAAGUGUUAGUGAAGCUUUAUAUGGAAAUCAACAACAAAGUGUUUUUCAAAAGAUUAUGAAUAAUCGUUUAUUAUUCUUUUUCGUCAUAACAUUAAUUUCAUUUACAUAUGAAUGGUUACCAUUAUAUAUUAUGCCGAUUUUAACAUUUUUCUCUUGGAUGUGUUGGAUAAAUCCAUCAAAUGAUCCAUUGGCACAAUUAACAGCUGUACGUGGUCUUGCGAUUGGUGGAGGUGGAUUAACAUUAGAUUGGUAUACAGUAACACGUUAUCUUGGUUCACCAUUAAUUUUACCUGGUUGGGCAUUGAUGAACAUUGCAUUUGGAUUUGUUUUAAUUAUUUGGUUAAUUGUUCCAAUCGUUUAUGGAACAAAUAUUCGAAAUUUUACAACAUUACCUAUUGGUGGAGUUAUUUCAACAGAUUUUACGGCAUUAAGUUUAGUUACAGCAUUUGCUUCAUUUGCCAGUGUUACAGCUGUUUUUGUUCAUGCUCUUUUAUUUCAUGGUGUUGAUAUUUAUGAACAAUUUAUGACAAAAAAAUUGGGAAAUAUGGGUAAUGAUAUGCAUGCUCGGAUGAUUUCUCUUUAUCCACCUGUUCCUGAUUGGUGUUAUUUACAAUUAUUUGCAUUAGCAAUGAUUACAGCUUGUGUUACAUGUGAUCAUGCGGGUUGGUUAAGUUGGUAUUAUGUUUUAUUAGCAUUAUUUAUUGGUGCUUUAUUUACAUUACCAUUUGGUUUAGUUUCAUCAAUUACUGGACAAUUAUUACAUAAUUUAUCUGUUUAUUAUAUUUGUUUAUUAAUUGGUCAAUCUUUGUCAUUACAAACAUCAGCUAAAACGAUUUAUUCAUUUAUUGCUCUUGGUUAUGUUGUAUUCGUUCAAACAUUGGUUUUAAUUCAAGAUAUGAAAUUUGCACAUUAUAUUAAAAUCGCUCCUCGUUCUUUAUUUGCUGCUCAAUGUUUAGCUGGUUUAGUUUGUUCAACAUUUUCUAUUGGAAUUCGUUAUAUGUACACAAAACAAGGUAAAACAGCUGAAAAUUGGUCGAUUUUUAAUAAUACAAAACUUGGUUGGACACUUUUAAAUGAUUAUGUUGGAUUUUUCAGUGGAGCCAAUUUUUCUAAUCGAGGUUUAUUUUGGGCAUUUUUUGUUGGCGCAUUUCUACCCGUUCCAGGAUGGAUUUUAUCCAAAUUUUCUCGUUUUCGUUGGUUAAAUAAAUUACAUUGGCCAUUAAUUUUAGUUACAAUGGGUUGGAUGCCUUCGAUUGUACCUGCUGGUGCUCUUUUUACAUGGCUUUUAAUCGGUUUAAUUGUUCAUUUUACAUUUGGAAAAUACAGUUGGAGACAACGACAUGUUUAUUUAGUUUCAGCUGGUCUCGAUCUUGGUCUUAAUAUCGCAUUAAUUAUCAUCAGUUCAGCGUUAGUCAACAAAAAUGUUUCAUUUCCACAAUGGUGGGGAAAUAACAAUGCAUCUGUUUAUGAUAGUUGUCAAAAAGCUGUGCAAACUUGGUAA